GGGCGGGGGCGGGGCGGUCCAGGAUUGCGGGCCUGAUCCCCAGGCCUGCGAAAGGAUUUGGUCCCCAGCCCUGGAAGGUUCCAGUCUCAGCACAGUCCUGAGACGAGCCAGCUGGGACCCAGGCUCUCCUUCCAGAUAGAGGGAAUGGGGGGUGCCGUGGCAGAAACCCCUGACUUCUGCCAACCACCUCCCAGCCCCAGGAUGCUCCCUUUUACCUCCUGCCUCCCCGGGUCUUUACUGCUCUGGGCGUUUCUGCUGUUGCUCUUGGGAGCAGCGUCCUCACAGGAUCCCGAGGAGCCGGACAGCUACACGGAAUGCACAGAUGGCUAUGAGUGGGAUGCAGACAGCCAGCACUGCCGGGAUGUCAAUGAGUGCCUGACCAUCCCCGAGGCUUGCAAGGGUGAAAUGAAAUGCAUCAACCACUACGGAGGCUAUUUGUGUCUGCCUCGCUCUGCUGCCGUCAUUAAUGAUCUCCAUGGUGAAGGACCUCCACCGCCAGUGCCCCCUGCUCAACACCCAAAUCCUUGCCCGCCAGGCUAUGAGCCUGAUGAACAGGAGAGCUGUGUGGAUGUGGACGAGUGUACCCAGGCUUUGCAUGACUGUCGCCCUAGCCAAGACUGCCAUAACCUUCCUGGCUCCUACCAGUGCACCUGCCCUGAUGGCUACCGAAAAAUUGGGCCCGAAUGUGUGGACAUAGAUGAGUGUCGCUACCGCUAUUGCCAACACCGAUGUGUGAACCUGCCAGGCUCUUUUCGAUGCCAGUGUGAGCCAGGCUUCCAGUUGGGACCUAACAACCGCUCUUGUGUGGAUGUGAAUGAGUGUGACAUGGGAGCCCCAUGUGAGCAGCGCUGCUUCAACUCCUAUGGGACCUUCCUGUGUCGCUGUAACCAGGGCUAUGAGCUGCACAGGGAUGGCUUCUCCUGCAGUGAUAUCGAUGAGUGCAGCUACUCCAGUUACCUCUGCCAGUACCGCUGUGUCAAUGAGCCCGGCCGCUUCUCUUGUCACUGCCCACAAGGCUACCAACUGCUGGCUACAAGGCUCUGCCAAGAUAUUGAUGAGUGUGAAACAGGUGCACACCAAUGUUCUGAGGCCCAAACCUGUGUCAACUUCCAUGGGGGUUACCGCUGUGUGGACACCAACCGUUGUGUGGAGCCCUAUGUCCAAGUGUCGGACAACCGCUGCCUCUGUCCUGCCUCCAACCCCCUUUGUCGAGAGCAGCCUUCAUCCAUUGUGCACCGCUACAUGAGCAUCACCUCAGAGCGAAGUGUGCCUGCUGACGUGUUUCAGAUCCAGGCUACCUCUGUCUACCCUGGCGCCUACAAUGCCUUUCAGAUCCGUGCUGGAAACACACAGGGUGACUUCUACAUUAGGCAAAUCAACAAUGUCAGCGCCAUGCUGGUCCUUGCCAGGCCAGUGACAGGACCCCGGGAGUACGUGCUGGACCUGGAGAUGGUCACCAUGAACUCCCUUAUGAGCUACCGGGCCAGCUCUGUACUGAGACUCACCGUCUUUGUGGGAGCCUAUACCUUCUGAAGAAGACCCUCAGGGAAGGGUCGUGUGGGGGCCCCCUUCCCCCCUCCCAUAGCUUAAGAAGCCCUGGGGGCUCAGGGAUGACUGUUUUGCUUAAAGGGACUAUGAUGUGAAGGACAAUAAAGGGAGAAAGAAGGA